UUAUGCAUGUUAUUUCUUGUAAAAAGGCAAAGAAACGUUUGGCUAGGAGAAAAUUUUUGGUGAGGAGAUGCGUGUUCUCAAUAAAAAAUUUGAUGUUGCUGAGAAAAUUUUGAUAACGAUUGUUUUAGAAUAGUGUUUUGUUUAAUUUUGUUUGAAAAAUUUUAAAAUGUUUGGAUCAAUUUUCUUGGCAAAAUUAAUUUUGAAACGUUUGUGAAAGCAAAAUGAUUUGAGAGCACGUGCGAUCCAAAACUCCACUUUGAGAAGAGAAAGGGCGAUGCUGAGGAGGGUGUUUGCUGUGGACUUCUUACCUGAUGCAGAAUUCAAAAUGACUUAUCGAUUGACUAAAUGUACCUUCAAAAAAUUACUGGAAAUUGUGAGCCCUCAUUUAACUACAUCCAGAUGGAACAACCGUCUCUUCCCGGAAACAAAGCUUUUAAUUGCUUUGAGGUUUUUCGCAAGUGGUUCGUACCAACUUUGUAUUGGAAAAAAUCGUGAAACGAGUUCCGCACAGUCCACUGUUUCGAAAGUGCUCACUGAGGUUAUAAACGUCUUCGAACAUGUUGUGUGCCCUCAAUUCAUUACUUUUCCUACUUUACAAGAGAGAGAAGAGAUCAAAGAGUGGUUUGUCACAAAACAUAAAAUUCCUAAUGUGAUAGGUUGUAUCGAUGGCACCCAGAUAGGUAUUUAUCCUCCAUCCGAAAACGAAAAUGUAUACAUGAAUAGGAAGGGAUUCCAUUCAAUUAAUGUUCAAAUUAUUUGUGACCACACGUACAGAAUUAGAAAUGUUGUGGCCAAAUAUCCCGGCAGUGCACAUGAUUCGUAUGUGUACAAAUACUCAACCAUUCGAGACCAACUGCAGGAUGAAUUCCUGCAUGGCAAUGAUAGCCAAUGGCUGCUUGCCGACUCCGGUUAUCCUCUCGAACCUUGGAUGUUGACGCCAUUUGCUGCCAACUCCGAAGACCCGCAUGAAAUUUUAUACAACAGGCAUUUUUGCGGAGCCUGUUGCCUUGUAGAAAGAGUGAUAGGUUUACUCAAAGGACGCUGGCGGUGCCUGUUUCCAAUGAGAAGUAUUUGUUUAUUUAUAUUUAUUGAAAAAACAUGCCUUACAAUUGAAUCUUUGGGAACUUGCACCGAGAAAGAAAUUAAUAAUAUAAAAAAUGGCAACAUAGGAGAUCGCGACUUUCAAACAUACAAUAAAAGUAAUAUCGAGAGGCCACUCCAUGGAUGUUAG